AUGGAGCUGAGCACCGUGUCCCCAUCUCCUGUCUCACCCACUGAAGGGGACCAUCUGUGUGAGACAGAUGUCACCACUGUGGCCACACACAGUGUGACACUGCUCAUCUGCCUCUGUGGGCUGGCUGGGAACGGGGCUGUCAUCGGCCUCCUCGGCCUGAAGGGUGCUAAAUUUGUCAUCCAAAACCUGGCUGUCAUUGACUUCCUCAUCCUUCUCCUCACAUUCCCAUCCGCCCUCCUCUUCCUGGUGGAGGAUGUGUCCUGCUCUCCCAUCCUGCCCCUGGUGUACCUGCGUUUCCUUUUCCGACUGUCAGUGUUCUCCUGCUACUGGGGGCCGUUCUGGGUGACAUCUGACAGCAUUGCGGUGGGUAUCGAAAAGCUCUUGGAGCUCUGCUACCGCCGUGACCUUCCUGAGGAACUGUAUUUGCUGCUGAUGAGUGUCCAGUUUUGGGCUUUCUCUGCUCUCCUCAGUGAGGCUCCCACAGUGACAUUCCUGUGCCCAGCCAACGAGCAGGAGCACUGCCGGGCAGCCCUCAUUGCUGUGUGGGCCAUCAUCCUGCUCCUCUUUGUUGUACCCAUGACUGUGCUGCAGCAUGUCCAUCUUCAGAGCCAUCAGAAACUGGAUCUGUCGGACAUGGUGGAAGCUUCCAGCAGCUUCCAACAGGAACCCAGAACAGAAGGAGAUGAUGUGUGUGAGGCAGAUGUCACCCCCGUCGCCAUACACAGUGUGACACUGCUCAUCUGCCUCUGUGGGCUGGCUGGGAACGGGGCUGUCAUCGGCCUCCUCAGCAUCGGCUUCACCACCAACUUCAUCUUCAACCUGGCUGUCGCUGUCUUCCUCUUCCUCCUCCUCAUGCUCACAUGCACACUGCUCCUCCUUGUAGAGGAUGUGGUCUGCUCUGCUCUUGUGCCCCUGGGGUCCUUGAGCUUCCUUUUCCGGCUGUCGCUCUUGUGCUCCAGCGUGGGGCCGUACCGUGUGCUGUUCAUGAACAUCACAGGAGCCGCAGAACCUGAUGGGCAGAGCUUCAACCCGGGAGCCGCUUUAGGACAUGGAUCCCAAAGGAGCAAGAGGGACCAGGAAGCGCCGCUGAUCUGCACAGACCUUUGCCUGCUGCUGCCCCACAGGGAACAGGGAGCUGCUGAGGAGCCACAUGGUCCAUCCCUGGAUUCUCCAAGCACUGACUGCCCAUCCACUCUGACCGCAGCCAGGAGCCACAUCCCACUGCCUGCCCAGCAUCCAUCCAUGGAGGUGAGCACCGUGUCCCCAUCUCCCAGCUCACCCGCGGGAGGAGACGAUCUCUGUGAGAGCGAUGUCACUGAUGUGGUCAUACACAGUGUGACACUGCUCAUCAGCCUCUGUGGGCUGGCUGGGAAUGGGGCUGUCAUUGGCCUCCUCAGCCUGAAAAUCUGUAACACUCGGGUUUUUGACCUGGCUGUCAUUGACUUCCUCUUCCUCCUCUUUGUGAUCCCCUCCGCCCUGCUCUUCCUGGUGGAGGACGUGUCCUGCUCUCCUAUCCUGCCCCUGCUCUAUGUGAGUUUCCUUUUCCAGAUGUCAGUGGUCCCUUGCUACUGGGGGCUGUUCCGGCUGAUGCGCAGCAGGAAUGUGCGGUAUAUGGACAAGCUCUGCAAACUCUGCUGCCACUGGGACCUUCCCAAGCGCCUCUUUUGGGUAGUGGACAGUGUCCAAUACUGGGCCUUCUUUGCUCUCUUCACUGUCAUCCCCACGGUGACAUUCCUGUGCCCAUCACACGAGCAGGAGCACUGCCGGGCAGCUUUCAUAUCCUUGUACACCAUCAUCCUGCUCCUCGUUCCUGCACCCAUGUUCAUUUCUUACACAAUCGAUUUCAUCAAGCUCAAGUGGGGUUCCCAGCAGCAGCAACCCAAGAGACGCGACAUUGUUAUCUUCAUCAUUGUGCUCUUCACUCUCCUUCUCAGCCUCUGCAUUUUCCUGCAGCAGCUCGGUUACGUGGUUGUGCAGUCCCAGGUGGUUUUCCUGCUCACCUGCACCAACAGCAGCAUCAAACCCUUCAUCUACUUCUUGGCAGGGAGGUGCAGGGGGCCCUGUUCUAUGGGGUCCCUCCAGCUCACCCUCCACAGGGUCUUUGAGGAGCAUAACGAAAAUAUAGCCUGCAGAAAUGUUCUUGCCAAGGACACAGCCGUCUGAGCCUGUUUUUCCCUUCCUCUGCUCAGUUGAAGGACCCCAGGAGAGUGGCUGAAGGUUUCCUUGAGUCUCCAGAUUAAUCAAUAUCCACAGGAUCACCCUCCCUGUGGUGGUGUAUUCCUGCUGGAGAACGGAGCACGGCCAUU